CACCAUGCCAAAACCCGUCAUUGUCAUCGUACCUGGCGCGUGGCUGAAGCCUGUCUGCCACGAUGCUUUCGUUCAUGAACUUAACACCCUGGGAUUCGGAGCUUUCUGCGUGUCGUUGCCAACGGUCGGUAGCGCCAGAGAUCCGCCUCCAGAUCUACAUGAUGACAUUGCAGCCGUACAGCAGGCUUUGAGGUCGCUGGCGAAUGAGGGAAGGAAAGCUCUUGUGGUUGCGCACUCGUCGGGCGGUCUCAUAAGCAGCAAUGCAGUUGCCGGACAGGACAACGUCGUGGGCUUGAUAUACCUAGCUGCCUUCUUAGUGCGGAAGGGUGAAAGCCUCAUGGACUUGCUUGGAGGCCAGCCUCUCCCUUGGAUGGACGUGCAGGGCGAGAAGGUCUUUGGAAAGCCAAGCCUGGUGGCCUCGAUGACUCAUACGGCACUAUCACUCUUCACUCAGGCCAGCAACUAUGAGCCAUGGGCCACCGGCUUGACUCCCUGUGCAUAUAUUUACUGUGAGGACGACAACGCGCUGCCAAUUGGACAUCAGAAGCAUAUGGCGUCCCUACUGGGUUCAAACCUCCAUACCACUACCCUGAAAGCCGGACACUGCCCGUUUUUGAGUAUGCCGGCAGUCUUGGCCGAAGCGGUGAAAGCACUGGAAGAAAAGCUAGAUAGAUGUGCUCGGUCCUCCUCGGUCAUAUAACGGUUGUGCUCAAAAUUAGUAUGAGUGAAGGCAAACAUUACUUAGCCGCGCACUAAACAAGCGUCCCCUCGUCGCGCG